AUGUCCAGGGUCAUGGACGGCGUCAUCGAGGAGAAACGCGCGAGGAAGGCGGCCGGCAUCGGCAGGGAGGAAGAGGAGGACAUCCUGGACGUGCUUCUGGACGGCGGCGGUACCGCGCCUCUCGACAUCGGGACCAUCCGUGCCGUGGUGAGGGAUCUCUUCGGAGCCGGGAGCGAGUCCUCGGCGUCGACGCUGCAGUGGGCCAUGGCGGAGCUGAUGCGGAAACCCGCAGCGCUCCGGAGAGCGCAGGCGGAGGUGCGCGGCGCGCUCGCCGGGCAGAGCCACGUCGGGGAGGAGGCCCUUCAGGAGCUGCCGUACCUGCGGCUGGUGAUCAAGGAGACGCUCCGGCUGCACGCGACGGUGCCGCUGAUGCUCCCGAGGGAGAGCCGCGAGGCCACCCGCGUCCUCGGGUACGACGUGCCCCAGGGCACCAUGGUGCUGGUCAACGCGUGGGCCAUCGGCCGGGACCCGGCGACCUUCGGCGCGGACGCCGAGGAGUUCCGGCCGGAGAGGUUCGAGGAGGGGACCGCGGCGGCGCUGGACUUCAGGGGGACAGACUUCGAGCUCCUGCCGUUCGGCGCGGGUCGGAGGAUGUGCCCCGGGAUCACGUUCGGGCUCGCCGUCAUUGAGCUCGCGCUGGCGAGCCUCCUCUUCCAUUUCAACUGGGAGCUCCCCGGCGGCACGGUGGAACUGGACAUGGCGGAGACGUUCGGGGUCACGGCGAAGAUGAAGAACGACCUGUGGCUGCAUGCUACCGUCAUCGUGCCACCUCUCUAA